AUGAAGGUCCGGCAAGGAUUGACAAGUCCAGUGUCAAAGAAGGACGGCCAGCAUUCGCCCGGAUCAGAGAUGGACGGUCUAGUCAAUCGAUCGAACAGCGUCGUUGAGCGCCAAAGGGCGCUGCAAGCAGACUCGAGGAUGGUCUAUCAGAAGCUGCCUCGUGCAAGGCUGUACAUGACUGCUUUCAUGUCGCUUUUCGCCGUCGGCCUUGCCGGCGUCAGCUAUGGCACAGUGAAGAUGGCAAAGGCAAGCGUUCACUGCAGGGGCAGAAAGACUAGCAUAGAGGGGACCAGCGCUGCACUUCUGCCGUCGACUGUCUUAGAUCCUUACGUUGCCGGCGAUUGAAGAUCAGCUCGUACUUACCAGAUGCACUGUUUCCUGUCAUGCCCGGAAUAUCAGGUCCCUCAAUGACGAGGAUGUGGCCUCAUCUGCAUGCUGAUGACUGCUGCGCUCCGUACAACAUCGUUCUUUGCUC